UUCUUGGGAUUUUAAACAGAGAAGUGUUUUCUAUGAGAGACAACCUAUGGUCAUAGAAAGCGUAAGAGAAAUGCUAGUGAAUGUUGAUUUUCCUGGUUGCAUCAAAGUGGCAGACUUGGGUUGUUCUACUGGACAAAACACAGUGUUGGCCAUGUCCACGAUCGCCAACACGAUCAUAGAGUCGUACCAACAAAUAAGUAAGAACCCACCAGAAAUCGAUUGUUAUUUGAACGAUCUUCCAGAGAAUGAUUUCAACACCACCUUCAAGUGUAUUCCUUCUUUCCAAGAGAAACUGAAAAUGGAGGCUAAAGGAAAGUGCUUUGUCUCGGGAGUCCCCGGUUCUUUUUACUCAAGGCUAUCCCCAAGAAAGUCUCUACAUUUUGUUCAUUCAGCUUUUAGUAUCCAUUGGCUUUCUAAAAUUCCAGAUGGCCUUGAGAGCAACACUAAAAGCAUUUAUAUUAAAUAUCCAUACCCUCCAAAUGUCUACAAGAGUUAUUUAAAUCAGUUCAAGAAUGAUUUUUCAUUGUUCUUAAAAAUGCGUUCAGAAGAGAUAGUACAUAAUGGACAUAUGGUUCUAACGUUCGUUGGAAGAAAGGUUUCGGACACUUUAUCCAAAGACUGUUUCCAAGUUUGGUCGUUGUUAUCCGAUUGCCUCCUCGAUCUAGCCUCCGAGGGAUUUGUGAAUAAAUCAGUGAUGGAAUCGUUUAACAUGCCAUUCUACAAUCCAAAUGAAGAAGAGGUGAGGGAAGUUAUCUUAAAGGAAGGUUCCUUCGAGAUCAACAAGAUCGAGAAAUUUGACCAUGUUGUCCCGUAUAAAAUUGACCGUGAGGAAGAAGAUGAGGACCAAUCAUUUCAGUUGGAAGCUGGUAUAAAGCAUGCAAGCUGGGCAAGAUGCAUCACCGAACCAUUGCUCGUUGCUCAUUUUGGAGAUGAAAUUAUCGAACCGGUGUUCAACAAGUACGCACACUAUAUGGCCAAGUAUCUAAGCUUCUCAAACCAUCGCCCUAAUAUGACACUCGUCAUCGUAAUUUCCUUGACUAGGAAAUAAAGUUCAUUGUUUUGUAUGUGGGACGAGCAAUUUCAAUUCAAUUAUUCGUGGAUUCUAAGACAAGAGUUACAUGUAAAAACUACACGGCAUACUCUACUAUUUUUGGGGCCAUUGUCAGAUCGGUAUGAUGCACUCGAAUGCUUUCACUUACUUUUCGUAUACACAUUUACUUUCCUAAUUGUCUGGGACUAUUGGUUACCAAACGAAUCCUCAAACCUGAAGAGUUGUCCCUCGCUACUUUUUAAAACUAAAUAUUCCAAGGCAGU